AUGAGUAGUGACAGAGACCAAGAAACCAGUGAUAGGAGCCAGGGCCCGUCGCCUAGGCAACAUGACCAGCCCUGUGGCCAGGAGAGUGAUGCUGAAGCUGCAGGCCUUAGCCAUAGCCUGUCCCACCGUGGGGUUGACAUCUCUGCAUUUUACAACUCAUACUUCCAGGCCUAUGAGGCCUACCAAAGCAGCAAAUUCCACCUAGACUUGAACAACUUGGGCUUCUUUCACCUAGAUGUCAGUGAGAACAAGCUGUGCAGUGACCUGAUGGCUGAAAGGCUGUGUCAGAAGGACAUGGACGAUGUUGAGGACAUCCAGCUGCAGGCUCCCAACCCAAGAGGACAUCCUUUCCUGAGGGAAGCGGUGGCCCAGUUCCUGACCUCCUACUGCAGCGCUCCUGAAUGCCUGUUUUCAAGAAAUGUGGUUGUUCUAAAUGGCUGCUCUGCCGUCUUCUCUGCGCUGUCCAUGGUUCUCUGUGACCCAGGAGAUUGUUUCCUGGUUCCCACUCCCUUUUUCAGUGGCUUCAUCUUUGGCACCAAGAUGUGUACUAAUGUCGAGCUGAUUCCCAUCCACCUGGAGACUGAGAUCACUGAUGAGGACACCCUGCCUUUCCAGCUCACUGUGGGCAAACUGGAGCAAGCCCUGCUUGAAGCUAAGACUCAGUGUAAGAAGGUCAAAGGCCUCUUGCUGCCCAACCCUCAGAAUGCUACGGGUCAUGUCUACUCGCAGGAAUCCCUGAAAGAAUUCUUGGAAUUUGCCAAAAGAAAUGACCUGCAUGUGGUUGUAGACGAAGUUUACAUGCUGUCUGUGUUUGAUGACUCUGUCCAGUUCCACAGUGUUCUGAGCUUGGAAAGGUUGCCUGACCCGCAAAAGACCUAUGUGAUCUGGAGCAUCAGUAAGGAUUUUGGCUUGGGCUUAGGUGCUCUGUACACCCCCAAUGAAGAUGUAGCCUUUGCUGUGAGCCCCUUUAGCUACCUCCACAGCAUCUCCGGCAUCGUCCAGUACCAUCUGCGUUGCUUGCUCCGGGACAGAGACUGGAUUGACCGUAUUUACCUGCCCGCUGUUCACUCGAGGCUCCGGACAGCUCAUGCGUAUGUCAUCACAACGCUGCGUGAGUUGGAGGUUGUGCACAACUUUAAGAUCUUCUUUCACAGUCGCAGCUGCGGCCUUUACCUCUGGAUCAACUUGAAAAACUUACUGGAACCGUGUACAUUUGAAGAAGAGCUGGUCCUCUACCGCCGCUUCCUGGACCACAAGCUGAUCUUGUCCCGAGGCCAAUCCUACCUGCUUAAGGAGCCUGGCUGGUUUCGCCUCUGCUUUGCAGAAAAUCCAGACAAACUAGAACUGGCCAUGCUGCGGUUUGGUCAGGCCAUAGCAGAGCAGAAGCAAUACUGGAUCCAGAAGGUAGUGCAGUAUAUCCCAGAGUUAGAAGAAACGGACUCUUCUAGCAGUGAUGACAACUGA